AUGGAAGUUUCAUUUGGGACUAUGCAAGUGAAACUCAAUGUUUUCCAAGGAUCCCAAAAACCCCAUGAUAGAGAGGAGUGCUUAUUUGUGGAUGUUGUGAAUAGGAUUGUGGAUGAGGCUUUACCUUCAAUUUUUGUAAAGGACCCUCUAGAGGCUUGUCUAGCUCAUUUGGGGUUCGAGGAUUUUGAUAUUGACGAGUUAGUUGAGGAGGUGAAUACCUUACUUAAUUCUUCUUCUACACCAAAUUUUCCUCCGUGCAAAGCCCGUUUAUUUGAUAAUCUUUUGGUCAUGGAUCCUCCAAGUGAAGAAACUUUUUUUGUGAGUCCUAAUGUUGAGCCCGAAUCAUCUUCUAUUGGCCCAUCUACCCAAUCUAAUGCUCCCCCUCGUAGACCACCCUUGGCCAAAACUAGUAGUAGCGGGAGAACAACAUCAAAGGCUUGGGAUCAUUUUGAAAAGAUUAAGGGUAUUGAUGGGAAAGAUAGGGCUAUGUGCAAAGAAGUUGGUGGUGAUGGUGAGAGUGUUGUUGAUGUUGUGGUUAUGCCAUUUUCCAUAGAAGUUGCUAGGAGGCAUCUUGCCGGGAUAAUAGUAAUUGAUGAAUUGCCCUUUAGAUUUGUGGAUGGGGUUGGUUUUAAGAGAUUUUGUAAUGUCAUGCAACCCAAGUUCAAGAUCCCAUCUCGAUAUACUGUUGCUAGGGACAUUGUAGACAUAUACACUAAUGAAAGAGAGAGGUUGAAGAAAAUUGUGAAGGGGCGUAGAAUUUGCUUUACCACAGACACAUGGACUUCCAUACAAAAUUUGUGUUAUAUGUGUCUUAUUGCACAUUUCAUUGAUGAUGAUUGGAAGUUACAAAAGAGAAUCAUAAAUUUUUGCCAAGUUGAAGACCACAAAGGAGAAACACUUGGUAAAAAAAUUGAGGCACUCUUAAAAGAGUGGGACAUUGUUGGCCUUUUCAACUUAACUGUUGAUAAUGCGAGUUCCAAUAAUCUAACCAUUAGAUUCUUGAAACGAACCACAAAAUUGUGGAAGAGAACUAUCUUGGGCCAUGAAUUUUUACAUAUGCGUUGUUGUGCGCAUAUUCUAAAUCUCAUUGUUAGUGAUGGAUUGAAGGAUCUUGAGUCUUGUAUAGUGAAUGUGAGGCAUGCAGUGAGGUAUGCGAGGUCUUCUCCAAACCGCAUUGACUCUUUUAAGAAGUAUGUGGAAAGUUUGAAAAUUGAGAGUAAGAGUCUCUUGUGCCUAGAUGUACCAACACGGUGGAAUUCUACAUAUCUUAUGUUGGACGCGGCAGAAAAAUUUGAAAGUGCUUUUCAAAGAAUAGGUGAGGAGGACUACAAUUAUAAACACUACUUUUUGGAUAAUGAAGGGGCUCAGAGGAGAGAGAUGCCUACCGCCGAGGAUUGGAAUAAUUGUAGGGUGUUUUUGAAAUUUCUUAGAAUGUUCUCCAAUGCAACAAAGAGAUUUUCUGGCUCUUUAUUUGUUACUUCAAAUACAUUUUACACUGAAAUUUUUGUCAUUGAAAAUAUGAUUAGACAAUUAAUCAAAGACAAUGAUCCUAUUUUGUCUUCAAUGGCAAAGAAAAUGAAAGGGAAGUUUGACAAGUAUUGGGGAAAUGGGGAUAAAAUCAAUCUCCUUUUGUACAUUGCGGUUGUUCUUGACCCUCGAAUAAAAAUGACAUACUUGCAAUUUUAUUUUUCAACAAUUUUUGGUGGAGAUGUUGUGAAAGUGAAAGAAAUGUUAGAGAAGGGGCAAUUUUCUGGUAGUGGGAGUAUGUCGGAAUUGGACAAGUACUUGGGUGAUAUUGAGAAAGGUGGGAAGAAUGCUCAAUUUGACAUCUUGGAGUGGUGGAAGGUUAAUGCAACAAAGUAUAGAAUAUUAUCACUCAUAGCACGAGAUAUGUUGGCAAUGCCUGUUUCCACUGUUGUUUCUGAGUCGGCUUUUAGUACAAGAGGUCGUAUACUUGAUCCAUUUCGGAGUUCACUUGCUCCAAAGAUGGUGGAGGUUCUUGUUUAUACACAAAAUUGGCUCCGAAGUAACGUUCCAAUAUGCCUUCGAGAAGCAAUGAAUAAUGUUGAAGAAUUUGAACAACAAUAUGAUUCGGCUUCUGGGGUUAAUGAGCAUGAAAAUGGCAACAACGGUGGAGAAGCAAAAAGUUCAAAAUCGGAAGACGAAAAUCAGGGGGUUGAGGCGGCAGAGCUUCUGCACAGAGACACUGGAGUGGACGUGACGAGAUUGGGCUUGGAUUUGAGGGCAAGAAGAGGGAGUCUCGUCGCCGCUGCCGUUGAUGAGCAGUUACGGGGGGCAGCGGAGUUUGCAUCAGAUGGCGAUCUUUAUCUCUUCCCACUGUGCCGAGGAGUGUUUAAGGAGGGUGAUGCUCUUCCCCAACCAUCAAAAGAUUUUCGCAAAACCUCAUUCCCCAGUUAUCCAGCAUGCUCAUUCAACGCGGUCAAGACUGAGAUGGCAAGGAAGUAG